GCUGAAUUCUGGGGCUUUUCUAAGGGUUUCUUGGGAUCUUAAACAUCUUUUACAAUGAGUGUUAAGGGAGGUGGAAGCAGUGGAGGGAGUGCAGGUGGAAGUUAUGGUAGUGGAGGAGGCAGCCACACCGCCAGUGGAGGAAGUUCUAGACGUAUCAGCAGCACUGGCAUCAGCAGCGGGGGUAUCAGCGGUGGUGGCACCAGCGGCGGUGGCAUCAGCAGUGGGGGCCUCAGCAGUGGUGGUGUCAGUGGUGGUGGUGGCAGCAGUAGUGGAGGAGGUGUCAGAAUCACAAGCUCUUCUUCAUCCUCCAGGGGAUAUUCUGGAAGAAGUUAUGGUGGAGGAGGAUCCAGGAGUGGUGGUUUCAGCAGUGGGAGCGCUGGCAGAAUAAGCAGGGGGAGAGUAUAUGGUGGUAGCAGUUAUGGUGGUGGCAGCUAUGGUGGUGGCAGCUACGGUGGUGGCUAUGGUGGUGGUGGCUAUGGUGGAGUUAGCUAUGGUAGUGGUGGAGGCUACAGUAGUGGCAGCUUUAGUGGUGGUAGCUAUGGAGGAGGUGGCUAUGGUGGUGGCUAUUACCCAUUCAGACGUGGUAGUUUUGGGAUGGGGGGUGGCGAUGGGGGCCUCCUCUCCAACAAUGAAAAGUCAACUAUGCAGAACCUGAAUGAUCGCCUGGCCGCUUACAUGAAUAAGGUGAAAUACCUGGAAGACGAAAAUGCUCAGCUUGAAGUGUUAAUCAGAGAAUGGUACCAGAAACAUGGUGAUGUGGGAACCGUAAGGGACUACACCCAUCAUUACCAAGAAAUCGACCAACUCUUCAAUGAGCUGGUUAAUGAAACUGAUGACUAUAACAAGAUUCUUCUGAAUAUUGAUAACACCAGGAUGACUGCUGAAGAUUUCCAGAUUAAGUACCAAACUGAAGCUGGUCUCCGCCAGAAUGUUGAGGCUGAUAUCAAUGGGUUGCGCCCAAUGUUGGAUCAACUGACCCUUGCAAGGUCUGAUCUGGAGGCUCAGUUUGAAUCUGCGAAAGAGGAGUUGAUCACCCUCAAGAAGAACCACCAGGAGGCCCUUAGAGAACUGCAAAGCCAACGUGGUCAUGGUGACAUCAAUGUUGAGGUGAAUGCUGCUCCUGGUCCAGAUGUGAAGCAACGUCUUGAUCAACUCAGGGCUGAAUAUGAAGCCAUCAUUGAUAACAACCGCAGAGAAGUGGAGCAAUGGUUUGAAAGCAAGAUGGAGGAGGUUCGUCAACAAGUCAGCUCAAGCGGUUUAGAGAUAAGCUCAGGCAACCAGCAAGUUACAGAUCUGAGACGGCAAUAUCAGACACUGGAGAUCGAGCUGCAGUCUGCACUCAGCAUGAUCCAGUCUCUACAAAGCAAUUUGGAAGACACAGAACGUCGGUACAACCUGCAACUGCAACAGAUACAGUCCAUGAUCCAACCGGUAGAAGGAGAAUUGGCCAGCCUCCGUGGGGAGAUUGAAAGCCAGAGUCAGGAGUAUCAAUCCCUCCUUGGUAUCAAAACACGCCUGGAGCAAGAGAUUGCCCAAUAUCGCCAACUGCUUGAUGAAGGACAGCAAGAAAUUGGUUCAGGAGGCGGUGGAGGAUAUGGAGGAGGAUACGGAGGAGGAUACGGAGGUGGUCGAAGGGGUAGCAUUGGCAGGAUUGGUGGAGGAGGCAUGAGCAGUGGCGGCAUGAGCAGUGGCGGCAUGAGCGGAGGAGGCAUGAGCAGUGGCACCAUAAGCGGAGGAGGCAUGAGCGGAGGCAUGAGCGGAGGAGGCAUGAGCAGUAGUGGCAUCAGCGGAGGAGGCAUCAGUGGUGGUAGCAUGAGUGGAGGAGGCCUGAGCAGUGGUAGCAUGAGUGGAGGAGGCAUGAGCGGAGGAAGCAUCAGCAGUGGAGGAAAAAUGAGUGGAAGCAUGAGCAGUAGUGGCAUGAGCAGCGGAGGAGUCAUCGGAGGAGGAAGCAUCGGAAGUGGUGGUGGUGGAAGUCAGAUUGGAGGAGGCGGAGGGUCUUCACGUCACGGAAGGAAAUCCUUUGACUAAUCGGCUGCCCUACAGUGACAAUCCAGUCUCAAACCCUCUAAGUCGUUCUGCAAAUAAGAGGAAAAGCACGAUUGCUGAAAUUGUCUUCAUGGACUCUCGAGAUAGAGGGGAUUGCUCCCUCUAGCUAUUUGACUCUGCUUUGGCUGUUACUGCAUAUAAGUGCCAGCCAAUUAUCCUCUCUACCACUCAUUUCUUCCUUAAAGUUCUUUCUUGCAGAACUUGUUCUCACUUUUUUUUAUUAAUGGCUGACUUUCAGCUUUUGAUAUUGCUGGUUGUCACCCAAUAAAGUCUAUUGCUGCUUGUUGCAAACAGAAAA